AUGGCAAGCACUUCAUCAUUAAUUUCUGCAGCUUCAAGAAGGCUAGAGGGAAAGGUAGCUCUUAUAACAGGGGCGGCCAGUGGUAUUGGCGAAUGUACAGCUAAAGUCUUUGCUCACCAUGGAGCUAAAGUAGUCAUAACAGACAUCCAGAACGAACUUGGCCACUUAGUCAGCCAAUCCAUAGGCCAAAACAAUUGUAUAUUUGUCCACUGUGAUGUCACAGACGAAUCCCAAAUCAAGAAUGAUGUGGACAAAGCAGUGGAGACCUAUGGAAAAUUUGACAUAAUGCUCAACAAUGCUGGGGUAAUAGAUGAAGAAAAGCCCCGAAUUAUAGACAAUGAGAAGGCUAAUUUUGAGCGCGUCAUGAGUGUGAACGUAACUGGUGUCUUCCUUGGCAUAAAGCACGCUGUUCGGGUUAUGAUCCCUGCAAAAAGAGGUAGCAUCAUAACGACAGCGAGUGCAAGCUCAUACAUCGCUGGUGUCAACUCACACGCCUACACAUGCUCAGAGCACGCUGUGGUAGGCCUUACAAAAAAUGCAGCUGUUGAGUUGGGACAGUUUGGUAUCAGAGUUAACUGCUUGUCACCUUAUGGCGUGGCCACGCCUAUGGCUAAGGCCACUUGUAAGCUUGAUGACGAGGAGCUCGAGAAUUUGUUGAACUCGGCUGCAAACUUAAAUCAUGUGAUGCUCAAGGCAGAGGAUGUUGCUAAUGCUGCUCUAUUCUUAGCUAGUGAAGAGGGAAGGUACGUGAGUGGACAUAACCUUAUCAUUGAUGGAGGUUUCAGUAUUGUUAAUCCUUCUUUCAAAAUGUUUUAAUACCCUGAUAAAGAUGAACCUUGAAAAAAGAUAAAUGCUUUCAGUUAUAUAUAUGG